CCCGUCGUUCUUAGUUGGAGUUGACUCUACGCGGAUUGCGGACGUGUUUGUUUUGUAUCGCGUUUCUCCGGCAGUGCAAACUCGGGUUUGGAGCCUACCUACAAUAACCUACGUCACUGUGUACCAUUUGGAUUGGAUUGGAGUGUGUGAAGUAGGUAGUGUCCGGCUGGGAGGCAUUCCGUUCCCAUAGUCAACAACCAUCACAGAGCCUCCAGCAGAAGAUUCCUAUACAGCUGGCUGCUUUUGGAGAAGUUGCAUGUGGUGGCCGUUCGAAGUUUGCGCUUCUGGUUACGCGAUUUGUCCCGUCUUACGAGCCACGCAAGUUUUGGAUCUUUACUGUUUUGUCGCUGGCUAUCUUGCAAAAAUCUGAUUGUGAAUACCAUUCGGGGAGCUUGCUAUAGACACACCGUGUUCGCCACUUGCAACCAAAGUGCUGCUGCUGAGCUGGAACUGGAAUAAUCGUUGUUCUUGGUCUUAUUGUUGCUCCGAGUGUGUGAAGAAAGGGGAGCGGUUUCUGGUGUGUGAGUGACCUGGCGAAGAAGCCUGCGAUAGGCACCUUGCUGUGAAAGGGGCCACCGUAGUUUAAAGGUGAUUUUUUGUGACCUCACGCUUCCAUAGCUCCAACUCAAUCUGCGAAUCUGCUUAAGAUACCUAAUUGAAAAUGUGGCGAAAAUUGAAUCCCGCCACGGGGCAUUAGUGCAUACACCGUGAAGUGAAGUGAAGUGAAGACCCCCCCUCGAAAGUGUUUGGCGUGCUUUGCCAAUUCCCUAGAGCAUCUUCUGUUUUUGGGGCCACCGUGACCGAACAGCAGAAAAGUUUCUCCAAUUAGCGGAAUUUCGGAAGUAGUGUAGUUGCAAAAGAGCCAAGAAAGAGCCCAACAAGAGCAACAGCGAAGCAGGAACGGAACAACGCCGCAAAAAACAUGUCAUCAACGGAGCUUUAUGUGAAGGACGCCCGCGUCUGGAUCCCCCACGCAGAGAACGUAUGGCAGGGAGCGGUGGUGCUGCGCGACUACAAAGAAGGUGACACCACGUUGGAACUGAUCACCGAUCGCAAAGAAUCACACACCGUGCAGCUGAAGUCGCCCAGCGAUCUGCCCCAUCUGCGGAACCCUGCCAUCCUCAUAGGACAGAAUGAUCUCACGGCGCUGUCCUACCUACACGAACCGGAUGUCCUGUACAACCUGGAGGUUCGGUUUUGCGACCGUCACAACAUCUACACCUACUGCGGUAUCGUCCUGGUGGCGAUCAAUCCCUAUGCGGAACUUCCGCUGUACGGAGCGGAACUUAUACGAGCCUAUCGAGGUCACUCGAUGGGCGAACUGGAACCACAUAUCUUUGCCGUGGCGGAGGAAGCCUAUGCCAAAUUGGAGCGUGAAAAGUGUGAUAUUAGUAUUAUUGUUAGUGGGGAGUCAGGGGCGGGAAAGACCGUAUCGGCCAAGUAUGCUAUGCGAUACUUUGCCGCGGUCGGUGGUAGUGAAUCUGAAACGCAAAUCGAGAAGAAAGUGUUGGCCAGCAGUCCGAUCAUGGAAGCGAUCGGCAAUGCGAAAACCACCCGGAACGAUAACAGUUCUCGGUUCGGCAAGUUUACCAAGCUGCUGUUUACGAAUAACCUCUCGAUGAUGUCGCUGACCGGUGGCACCAUGCAGACGUAUCUGCUGGAGAAGUCGCGAGUGGUAUUUCAGGCUCCUGGAGAGCGAAACUACCACAUAUUCUAUCAGUUGUGUGCGGCGCGGCAACAGUGGCCCGAGUUGGUGCUGGAUCACCAGGAUAAGUUUCACUUUCUGAAUCAGGGCAAAUCGCCGGAUAUUGCGCGAGUGUCGGACGAAGAUCAGUUUCGAGAGACGAUAAAUGCGUUCAAGAUAUUGGGUUUCGAUGAUGGAGAGAUCAGUGACAUAAUGAAAGUGUUGGCAGCGGUGCUGCAUUUGGGUAACGUCGCGUUUACACACAAAUUCAAGAAGCAAUCACAGGAGGUGGACCAGGAAGCAUGCAACGUUUCGUCCGACGACCUGCACGUGAACAUCUUCAGUGACAUCCUGAAACUGAACCGGGACGAACUGCGGAAGUGGCUCAUCACGCGCCAAAUCGAGUCCAUCAACGACACUGUGCUGAUACCACAGAGCAAGGCCCAGUCCGAGGCAGCCCGAGAUGCACUGGCCAAACACAUAUACGCGGAAAUGUUCCAGUACAUCGUACACAAAAUCAACCGCAAUUUGGCCGGUGGCAAGAAGCAGAACUGCUUCAUUGGUGUACUGGACAUCUACGGCUUCGAAACGUUCGAAGUGAACUCGUUCGAGCAGUUCUGCAUCAACUACGCGAACGAGAAGCUUCAGCAACAGUUCAAUCAGCAUGUCUUCAAGCUGGAACAGGAACAGUACCUGAAGGAGGGAAUCGAGUGGAAGAUGAUCGAUUUCUACGACAAUCAACCGUGCAUCGACCUGAUCGAGACCAAACUGGGCAUUCUGGACCUGCUGGACGAAGAAUGUCGAAUGCCUCGGGGAUCGGAUGAAUCAUGGGUGGGGAAACUUUUCGAGAAGUGUAGCAAGUACAAACACUUCGACAAGCCCCGGUUCGGGACGAGUGCAUUUCUGAUCAAGCACUUCUCCGACACGGUCCAAUACGAAUCGUUCGGGUUUCUGGAGAAGAAUCGGGACACGGUUUCGAAGGAGUUGGUGAACGUGCUGCGGUUGUCCAAGAUGAAGUUGUGCCAUAAACUGAUGACGGCCUCGGAUGAAUCGCCACAGUCGGAGGAUGGAGAAGUGGGGAAGUCCGGUGUGAAGCUGGUGGUCAGUGCCGCCAGGAGUCAGCCGGGUGAUAGAAAGCGAAAGCCAAUGACCCAGAAGCAACAGAGGAAAACAGUCGGUUCGCAGUUCCGGGAGAGUCUGACCCUGUUGAUUACAACGCUGCACAAUACGACGCCACAUUACGUCCGAUGCAUCAAGCCCAACGACGACAAGGCCGCCUUCCAGUGGGAGGCUCCGAAGAUCGUACAACAGCUGAGGGCAUGCGGCGUCCUGGAAACGGUUCGCAUCUCGGCGGCCGGUUUCCCAUCCCGUUGGACGUACGAGGACUUCUACGACCGGUACCGGUUGCUGUGCAAGCGCGUCCAAAUCGUAGACUGGAACGUGAAGGCCACGUGCGGCAACAUUGUGCGCAACUGGUUAACCGACCCGGACAAGUACCGGCUGGGCAACACGCAGAUCUUCUUCCGCGCUGGUCAAGUCGCUUAUCUGGAACAGUUGCGAAGCGAUCUGCGCAAGAAGCACAUCAUCAAGGUGCAAUCGCUGAUAAGGAGAUUUAUUUGCCGCAACAAAUAUCUGCGACUGAAGCGCACGGCUCUGGGGCUGCAGAGACACGCCCGAGGCAUGCUGGCCAGGAAGAGAGCGGACAACCUUCGGAAGAAUCGGGCAGCUAUCAAAAUUCAACGGUACGUUCGGGGAUGGUUACAGCGCACCAAGUAUCGACGAAUCCGUCGAACGAUUCGUGGGCUUCAAACCUAUGCCCGCGGAUUACUCGCCCGGCGAACGUUCAAGCAAGUGCUGGACAACUACAAAGCGACCCAGAUUCAGCGGUUCUGCCGAGGCUACCUGGCGCGAGAAAGAGCCAAACAGCGUCUGGCGAAUAUCAUCAAGUGUCAGGCAACGAUUCGUCGAUUCUUGGCUCGUCGUAUGUUCAAGCGAUUAAAGGCAGAAGCCCGGACCAUUUCCCACAUUCAAAAGAUGUACAAAGGUCUGGAGAACAAAAUUAUCGAACUGCAGCAGCGUUACGAUCAGCUGUCGAAGGAGAAUGCUGCUCUGAAAAAACAGAAUGCCGACAUACCGGAGAUGCGGCAGAAGUUGGUCGCCAUGAAGCAACAAGAGAACGACCUGAAGGCACUAAAACUACAGUUGGAACAGAAGGACGAAAAACUACUGGUGGUGAUCAAGCAGUUGGAGAACGAACGAGACGAGAAGAUGAUUCUGUUGGAGGAGAAGCAAAAGGAAGAGGAAGAUCGGAUGAAAGAACGGGCGGCCAUGGAGCAAGACCUCGCAAAAAUGCGAGAGCAGGUCAAUGAAAUCAGCGACGUCACGAAACUGGAACGAGAUCGACUACUUUCACAAGCCGAUUCCAAAGAGAUUCACGUAGCUUACCAACGGAUGGUUGAAGACAAGAACCAGUUGGAGAAUGAAAACAGCAAUUUGCGAAACGAACUGCGCCGGUUGCAGCACAUUGUCAGCAACUCUCACGAACUGAAAACUCACUCUCGAUCGGUGAGCAACGCUUCCAGCACCAACGAGGAGGACUACGGAUACAAUUCGGGCAAGAACACGCUGGAGAUCCGACGAUCACCGCAGUCGUACGAAGGUGAAAUUAACAAUAACUCGAAACGAAACAAUAGCCUCAGUAGCAAUGUUGUUACCGGAGGUCCCAAUGUGGUGGUUUCUCCAUCAGCAGGCAGGGUACCCCCGGUGGUUAACUCCAUCAGUAAUGGGCCUGUUUCAAUUGGCAGUCCUCCCCCCUCGAUUGGUGGUAAUGUUUCUAGUCAAAAUAGUAUUAGCGAAGUACCUGUACGAGCGCUGCCCAAAGAUAUUUCGCUUGAUUUCGAGCGGCUGCUGAACAGGACUCCCCUGGAGUCGUUCAGUCUACUGCAAGAUCAUUCCACACCCAACAACACAGAGUCUCCAGAGAAGGACCAAACGGCUAUAAUCUUAAAAAUGCGCAAGCUUUUCGAGGAAGAGAAAUCUAAAAGCGAUCAGCUCCGCAAGGAAAUCGCCCGAUUCCGCAAGAGCGCUUCCUUCAGUACGGAGGACUCGAUCCGCGCAUCGGAACUGGAGGUGGAGAUCGAAAAGCUUCGCCAAGAUUACAACCUGCUGAGGAACAGCAUCAAACGCGGUGUCGAGGAUCGUGAACUGGAGGCACAACACAACGCCCUGCAAGAGGAACUGAAACGGCGACGAGACGAGUGCAUAUCGCUGAAGGCCGUUUUGGCACAGCAGAGCCACUCGCUGAGGACACUGGGACAAUCGCAGGUUAAUCCGAAUGGAGACAGCAGCUUACGAAUUCACGAUGAAGGAGAACUGAUGGAAGCGUUCCAAGCGCAGAAGUUGGUCAAUAGGCAGCUGGAGUCCGAACUGCGCGCCAUGAUGGAUGCAAGCAACGAAACACUGGUCGAGAACAAUAAGGUAAUCGAAGCACUUCGGAAGGAAGUUCAGGAACUUCAAAUGAUCCUGCAAGGAAGACUUGAUACUUCAAACGAGGAUAAUCUGGAAGCCUUGCGGCAAAGUGAUCAAUAUUUGAGGCACGAGUUGAAGAAAUCCACCGCAGCCUAUGUGGACCUCCAAGAACAGGUGAACGAGCUGCUGGCGAAGAUCAACGAACUGACGAAGAAAAAUAAUAUCCUGUCGAAUCGGUUACGAGACAACGGAAUAAACGAAUCCAUCAUAAUGAAUGAAGAGUUCCAGUCCAUGGUUGUGGUGAAGAAGAAGGCGCAGUCAUUCCAAGGUAUUCUGAAGUAUCGACAUGAAGAUGAGAACAAGAUCAUUCAAAGGCUGGUGACCGACCUUAAACCAAGGGUAGCGGUUACGUUGAUCCCAGGUUUACCGGCCUACGUGGUGUUCAUGUGUAUUAGAUAUACCGAUUCGGUUAACACGGACCAACUGGUACGAUCCCUGUUGACACGGUUCGUGCAGAUGAUCAAGCGGUUGUACAAGCUGCCCAACGUUGCCGAAGUUCGAGUCAUGUGGCUAGUCAAUACCCUUACCCUCCACAACCUGUUGAAACAAUUCGGUGGCUAUGCGGAGUACAUGCAAUACAACACCGAGGAGCAGAACCAGCAGCAGCUGAAAAACUUCGAUCUGUCCGAGUACCGGCAGGUCAUCUACGAGCUGAUCAUCCUGAUGCACGGCGUGCUUCUGCGGCAGGUACAGGAAUCGAUCAAGCAGUACAUCGUGCCGGCCAUUCUGGACCACGACGAAACGGCCCGGGGCAAGAGCCGGGGGCGGACGAUGUCGCUGGACAUGUCGCCGGAGCAGAGCCGGGAACCGAAGUCGUUGGUACAGCAGUUGGACACCUUCUACAAGCACCUGAGCAGCUUCGGCAUGGAAAGCAACUACAUCGAGCAGAUCUUCAAACAGCUCAUGUACUACAUCUGCGCCGUUGCGGUCAACAGUCUCAUGCUGCGAGGUGACCUAUGCGUGUGGAAAACCGGCAUGAAGAUCCACUACAACGUGGGCUGUUUGGAGCGGUGGGUCCGAUCGAUGGCCAUGGAUCCGGACGUGUUCAAACCGCUGGAACCGUUGUAUCAAAUUUCACGCAUUUUACAAGCCCGCAAAACCGUUGAGGAUGUCCCAACGUUACUGGAACUCAGCUCGUGUCUGACGACGGCGCAAAUUCUGAAGAUCAUCAAAUCGUACACCACGGAUGAUUGCGAGAACGAAAUUACGCCGCUAUUCAUCGAGACGCUGACGAAGCAGUUGAACGAGCGGUCCAGCCAAAGCGAGGCGGACACCUACAUGAUGGACGAGGAGAUCGUCAGCCCGCUGGUUGUGGUGUACAAGUACAGCGAGAUCAACCUGAAGGAAAUCGAUCUUCCCGAGGAGCUGAACCUGGACGGUUUGGUCACCAAAAUCUAAAGACCGAGGGUACAACAAGUAGCAUUCAUGUUUUAAAUAGGAUAAUUGACAUAUUUACAGAUGUAUUCCAAAGUAGAAUGGAAUGGUCCCAAGGGCCCAACUUCUAUUACAGACCAAGAGCGAGAAGUUCGAUCUAAGCAUUGUUAUAUAAUUCAAAUGAGAGUUUAUCGUUGCAUAUUUACACGGUAUUCGUUUGUUAAAACCAAUACGAAAAUAUAAAACUAUUUUGCAUCUCUAUAUGCUGUUAAAAAGUCAUGAGUUACUUGCGUACAAGUAUGACACUGAUUGGCCUUCAUCAUGGUUCAUUUUGAAUCACAAAUCAACGGUUUCUAUCGUUUUUUUGAAUACGUUAAGUGCAUUUAUAUCAACCCACGCGCAUUUCUCGCAAUUUGUAUCAUACGUUACGUUUUCUAUUUCUCGUUAAGCCUAGCUAUUCCAUAAGUUGUUCAAUUGUUAUUUAUUGCUGAAAUGAGUAAGUCUGAAUCCGUGUGUGAACAAAAAAGGCGAUCAAAAUAUAUAUAUUUAUUCAAAACUGACCCUAAUAAAACAGCACCUAGCAAAUAGAGAUUACACAUUUCACCACAGCAAAGCGAAGCAAGGAAUGGAAACAAUAAUCAUGUUACUGUAAUUAGAAACGAAAGUACAUAUUAUGCCGUUAGGAAAACUAAAUAGUACACACAUACACCUGUUAAAGCAAGUAUUUCUCCUUGUUAAAGCAUUUAUCGUGAUAUAGAUGAAAUUUACCUAAUGUACUUACAAAAAAAGUGAGUAUCUAUUGAGCUAAGCGUUCGUCAGCAAAUAAAUAUGGAUGCCUAAAUG